UCCUCCGUUUCGCCAGGCUGGGCACGCCGAUCGCAACAUCGAUAAAUUGCUUUUAAGGGUCACGAUUGCCAUUCAAGGAAAUUCCGCCAACGAUGGCUGCAGACUCAACCUUUACUUGAAACGCUUCACCUGGGACGCUUAGCAUGUGCCAUGACCUUGUCUCUCGGUCGCGCUGACACUCGGAGAGACGUUGGCACAUAAAAGAUGCCGCGAGAAGUGCCAGUCCCGGAAGGGGGGAACAGAAUAACCCCCAUCGAACGUAAGAAUGGGAUCUCUAAGCAGGCUGGUGGCUGUAAGUGCAUCGCUUUUCGCGGUCGCUACAGCCCAGAUCAGGGUUCGUCUGAGCCCGUCCACAGUUAACCUCCUCGCUGAACCCGACUUUCACACUUGGACUAUUGAAAACGAAAGUCAGAAUACGUCCACGACGGUUGACUCUCUGGAUUUUACCUUGUCCGCCUCGUCCGAUUCAGACUUAGAAGGCAACAGCUACAAAUAUCAGUAUACCCGGCCCGUCUCCCAUCUCGGAGAAAGAGUCGUCAACCAAGGGAUUACCACCUCCAGUGACAACCCCGGACCCAUUACGUUGACCAUCCAAGGCCUGGAGUCAGGGGAGCACACUCUCUUGACCUGGCAUAAUGCUUGGGACUCUUUAGACUCCACUGCGACCAUUUCGGUCUCGGUGGACGGUGAAGAUAAGGCUUCAGACAUCAAGCAGUCCAUUCGGGUCGACAAUAUUUGGGAGGCCGCAACGUCUUAUGUGACGUUUACUGUAGACUCCCCCGAUCAAGGGGUAGAAGUCAUCUACACUCCCUCCGGCGCCGACGGACUUGUCUAUCUCAAUGGCUUCGAAAUUGACACGCCUGCCUUGAAAGAUCAAAUCUCAUUCCCUUCUCCAUCGCAUCGUGACGAGCACCUUGAGCUUGCCGAUGAGGAGAGUAUCACAGCAACCUGGAGAGCACCAUCUUCUGGGGAUUCAGUCACGUACAAUGUCUAUAUGGGAAAUUCGUCUGAUGCCCUAAAUCCAGGGCUGAACACGAUGGAUACUUUCUACUGGCGUAUUGAUGUGGUCUCUGGGGACAGCACGUAUACAGGUCGGACAUUCAUGUUUCGGUUGGCGCAGUUGGCUUUCCCUGGAGCCGAGGGAUAUGGCGAAGAGCCAGGAACACUGCGUUACGCGUUGGCUGUCGCGACUGGUCCCCGGAUUGUCGUAUUCGAUGUGGGUGGAGUCAUCACGAUCGAUUCGCGCCUCACGGUGAGUGACAGCCAUGUGACCGUGGCCGGUCAAACAGCACCUGGCAAGGGCAUCGCCGUCCAAGGCCACCCGUUAGGUCUCUCGGGUGCAUCCGAUGUGAUCUUCAGGCAUGUGCGGGUCAGACCCGGGACUAGCUCGAACGAAACGGUCGAUGGCAUGGGCAUGGCGGGAUCGAAUUACUGCAUUCUGGACCGCUGUUCAAUGGGAUGGGGAAUCGACGAAUGCUUCUCGUCACGCACAGCCCAUAACAUCACCUUUCAGCGCAACAUGAUUUCAGAACCCCUCAACGUCGCUGGACACAAGAACUACCCUGCUGGAACAGCCCAUGGGUAUGCAGCAACCAUUGGCGGCGAUGUCGGUUCCUUCCACCACAACCUGAUUAGCCAUGCGGAAGGCCGCAGCUGGAGUAUGGGCGGCGGUGUCGACGACAACUCGACCUUCGCGGGCCGCCUCGAUAUUCGCAAUAACGUGGUGUACAACUUCGGCUCGCGUGUCACCGACGGCGGUGCUAAGGAAGUAAACUUCGUUGGCAAUCUGUACAAGCAGGGCCCUGCUAGUGAGCUAACAUAUGAUCUGAAAGCUACGUACGAGGAUAACCUGCCUGGAACCCAACAGUAUCACUGUGCUGGGAACUCAAUGCCCGACGUAUUUGACCAGGAUUCCGUUCAAUACCCACCCGGAGAUGGUACAGGGCAGACCUCUAAGAUCGCCUGCUUUGCAGACGUCAGUAUUGACCCAGCGCCUGAGUACCAAAGAUUCUUCGACGAGCCUUUCUUUCCCUCGUACAUCGAAGAGCAUACCUCUACAGAAGCAUACAAGCGUGUGCUCUCUGACAGUGGUGCCAGUCAGCCCGUGGUCGAUGACCAUGACAAGCGUAUCAUCCAGGAGACCCUGAAUGGAACCGCCACGUACAGCGGCUCGAAGACCGGAAAGCCCGGGCUGAUCGACAACGAAGCGGAUGUAGGUGGACUCGAGGACUUCCCAACCACUACGCGGCCCACAAGCUGGGAUGCCAACGACGAUGGCAUUGCCGAUUGGUGGGACGGUUCCACUGGUGGAGAUGGCUAUACGGCGAUUGAAGGCUAUAUCAAUUUUAUGGCGGACCCGCAUGUGUUUGUGGCACCAGGGGCAUCGGUCAAGUACGAUUUGGCCGCUCUCGCUGGCGGAUUUUCUAAACCAGCUUUCGAGGUAUCCGGCGGCGAGUUCGGCUCAGUCUCUGCAGCCGACACCGUGGCAACGUACACUGCCGGUGACAAAGCUGGAGUGGACCGAUUCAAUGUCACCAUUUCUGAUGACGAGGGCAGUACAUGGGAGAGCAAGCGAGGUUAUCAAAGGGACUCGAUCUUAGAUAGGUUCUGA